AGGAGGAAGGAAGGGUGUGCUGAUGUCUGAGGUGCUGCUGCUCCAGACCAGUGUCUGGGACUGACUGUAGAACUUCUCCAUGCUUCACUUCUCACUGAUCCCUGCUUCUGGAAAUAUUGUCACUACUAUUUUAGAAUUUGGAGCUGUUUGUACUCACAGCUGUUUGGAACAUUGGAACAGAAUAAUGGAUCUCACCACUUUUUACUUCCUGACCACUACUUUGGUUUUGAUACUGGAGCAUGAAGCAUACUCAGACUCCACCUCUAUCCCUGGGACUGGUCCAGAGGAGGGCCCCGUGAAGCUGCUUAACCACAGGCCCCAUCGGCGGGAGAGGCGUUGUUCCUGUGAGAACCUGAAAGAUAAAGAAUGUGUGUACUUCUGCCACAUCGGCAUCGUCUGGGUCAACACUCCUGGUCAGAUAGUGCCAUAUGGAGUGGGCUCUUUCCCUGUUCGACUGAGGAGAGAGGUGGGACGAUGCUUCUGCGCGGAGAGAAAUGACUUUGAGUGUCUUCACUUCUGCUCUGCCUUGCGUACACUCAAAGAAGGUGAAAAUGAUUUGGUCAAGAGGAAGUUUGCGACAAAGUUUAAGAAGCGAUAUAAGGCUGGAAUCUCGGAUGAAAGGAACCAACACACACUAAUUCAAGAAACCUGAAAGGAGAGAAUGGACAUCACCCUAGUUCCAUGUGUCAUCCACUUUCAUUGGUGUCUUUUACAAUACGAUGCAAAAGAACAUUGUACAAUGGUGGUCUGUGUCUGAAGUGUAUUUAUGAAAUUAUGCCGUAACUUUGCCUUCUUUUUGUCAUUGUGAAUAAUUUUUUUAUGAUUUUAUUGCUGUACAUAUAUAUUUCUACUUUAYAACAUACAGUACAUACAUCAUUUUGAAAUCAGAUAUUGUUACAUUAAUGCAGAAAUGAUCAGUAUUAAGAGAGUAUAUGUAAAUGUCUUGUAUCUCUGUCAAAAGUAUCUGUCAUUUUAACAUGUUUUGACCACUUACAUCCUUUGGACAUGUUUUCUGUCAUGAAGUUUGAAAGUGAAAGAUGCCGUAGAUGCAAAGCAAUGCUGUUCAUUGCUCUUCACAGUGAGUUAUAUGCCAAACCAGACAGGAAAUAAGCUGUGUGAUCUAGGACAGUUGGGUUAUUGUAUGACAUAUCCAAAAGUAAAACAUUUACAGUUGAAGUCAGAAGUUUACAUACACUUAGGUUGGUAUCAUUAAAACUC